AUGGAGCGGUUGUUUAUCGCUUGUUUAUUGUGGCGUGCAGGCUGGGCGGCUAAUGUGGUUGAAAAGCGGGAUGUGACGAUUCUGCUGAUGGAUGGCGCGGUUAUGCAGCCCGCGACGCUGGUCACCACGACGACGCAGACGAUUUCAGGGGUCGGGGUGGGGGUUGGGGGGCCGUUCCUGGCACCGCAGGGGUACGUUUCGUUUACGCAGCCGACGCCGGCGGCGUCGGCGUCGGUGGGUGCCCCAGGGGCGUGGAUUCCCUGGGAUAUGUUGGGCAGCCGCAGUGGUUACGGGGCUGCCAGUGGGUCGUCUAGCUGGAGCAGCGCGGCGGACAGCACUAGCAGCACUAGCAGCACUACGGUGAGUGCGACUCGGAGCUCUCUGAGUCGGACAAGUUCGCAGACGUCCGCCUCCAGUAGUUCCUCCAGUAGUUCCUGGUAUGGCAGGGCGAAGGGCAUCAGCUAUUCGCCGUACCAACGUAAUGGCGCUUGCAAGCCUCGUUGGCAGGUGAAAUCGGAUAUCAGAAAGCUGUCCGGGUUUGAUAUUCUGCGAAUCUACGAUCCGGACUGCGACGUUGUAUCAAAUCUUUUGUCCGCAAUGGCGACGCAUCAAAAGCUUCUGCUGGGCAUCUACAACGUUGACAGAAUCGCGGAGUCGAUAGGCAUCGUCGACAAGGCUCUGCGGGGCGAUUUUUCAAAGAUCUAUGCGGUUUCUGUGGGUAAUGAGCUUGUAAACGAUGGCAAAGUGUCGCCCGCACAGAUAAAAACAGCAUUGGAUACGGCAAGGGCGUUGCUGGGUUCGAUCGGUUACACAGGGCCUGUGGUGUCCGUGGAUACGUUGGUAGCUGUAGAAGCACAUAAGGAUCUAUGUGGCCUUUCAGAUUUCAUCGCGGUAAACGUCCAUCCGUUUUGGGACGGGCACGUAGACCCUUACAACUGUGGUACAUGGCUCCAAAAACAGGUGGAAAAUCUGGUUGAGUCAUGUGGAAAUGGUAAGCCCAUCCUUAUUACUGAAACAGGCUGGCCCACCUCUGGCGCUCCAUUUGGCUCUAACAUGCCAAAUAAAGUAAAUCAAGACAUAUGCAUUGACUCCAUACUCACCACUAUAGGGCAACAAGUACUCCUAUUUACCAUGUAUAACGAUUACUGGAAGUCUCCAGGCUCUUACGGUGUCGAACAGUUCUGGGGUAUCUUUGGAGAUGACUCUGACAGUUGA